AAGGGAGGCGCUUCCCCAGCCUUGGAUCAGGGUGCGGAGGGGGGGGGGGGCUUCCCUUGCGCCCCAUCCAGGCUCUCCCGCCCCCCUCCUUCCAAAGACCCCCGAGCGUCCCAGGCGGCCCGCAGCCCCCGCUCUGCUUUUUCCUCCUUGCUGGGAAGGGGGUGACCUUAACCGGACGCGGCAGAGACUUUCGGGCAGCCCGCCCAGAUGUUCUACAGCCCCUCCCCACGGCCGGGGGGCUUCUAAUCUCGGGAGCCCCGAAGCCAAGAAGGGGGGGGACGAGCGUGGCCGGCGGGGGUCCUCCGCUUGCGGCCGCUCCGCCCCAGCCCCGGUUCCCCCCCUCCUUCUCCCUCCCCGGGGCGGGGGCGGCGGGAAAGUUCCCCGUCGGCGGGCCGCCCCGCCUCGCGCACUUCCUCCGGCCGCGCAGACUUCCUCUUGCGCGCCGCCCGGGAGCACCGCCGCCGCCGCCGCCCGCUCGCCAUGAGCUCAGGCCGCUGAGACGGAGCGCCCUGGAGAGCCGCCGCAAUGCAGAGCAUCAAGUGCGUGGUGGUGGGUGACGGGGCGGUGGGCAAGACCUGCCUGCUCAUCUGCUACACCACCAACGCCUUCCCCAACGAGUACAUCCCCACCGUCUUCGACAACUACAGUGCCCAGAACACGGUGGACGGCCGGACCAUCAGCCUGAACCUGUGGGACACGGCCGGGCAGGAGGAGUACGACCGGCUGCGCACCCUCUCCUACCCACAGACCAACGUCUUCAUCAUCUGCUUCUCCAUCGCCAGCCCGCCCUCCUACGAGAACGUCAAGCACAAGUGGUACCCGGAGGUCUGCCACCACUGCCCCGACGUGCCCAUCCUCCUGGUGGGCACCAAGAAAGACCUGCGCAGCAACCCGGAGGCCCUGAAGAAGCUGAAGGAGCAGAGCCAGCUGCCCGUCAGCCCCCAGCAGGGCACCGGCCUCGCCAAGCAGAUCCACGCCGUCAAGUACCUGGAGUGCUCGGCCCUCAACCAGGAGGGCAUCAAGGAGGUCUUCACCGAAGCCGUCCGGGCCGUCCUCAACCCCGUCCCCCCCAAGCCCAAGAAGGCCUGCCGGCUGCUUUGAAGGGGCCCCCGCUGCCCUCUGCUUAUGCCCAGGCGCCCCCCCCCUCUGCUUGCCCAAACUCUGCUUCCAAGGGUGGAUCCGGGGCCGGCCUG